AUGCUUGGUUCCCAGAAGCAACGUUAUGUACACUUGCCCGGGCACGCUAAGACUCGAUGGUUAACGGGACUGAUGCUGAACGCGGUUCAAUCGAUUGUUUUCCACACUUCCCUCUGCUCAAGAAAAGUCCGCUCGAUAGCCUCGUUCACCGCGCUGGUGCAUUUAACAAGUAGUGCCGUUCCCCGUUCCGCCGCCCUGCGUUGUUAUCGUCACCGCCGUCGAUUGCCAUCAUCGCUCACGUCACCAGCAGCAGGAGCCGCCAGCUGCUGGCCACUACUCGGAAUUACUAGUGUCCCCGCCGCCGCGAGUGUAGUGCCGCUGCCUAGUUUUGCCGUGCCCUCAACCCACCAGCCGCUGUUCCGUGGUGGUUUCGUCGGUCAAGUGCUUGGACAACAACCGCUGCGCGCUCUAGCCACCACCAGCAAAGGCAACGUCGCCGACGUGUACGAUCCGCCGCCAUCCAAAAUGACGUCCUCCAGCAAGCCCGUGUUCCAGCGGUUGCCGAGUAAUGUGGUGCCGGUGCACUACGAAUUAUCGCUCAAACCGGACCUGACGGCGCUUUCCUUCGAAGGAACCACCACCGUCCACCUCAAGGUCACCACUGCGACGGAUCGCAUCACAUUGAACGCCUUGGAUCUGAAGAUCCUGAAAUCCUCGGUUACGUUCGAUGGUGCAUCCGGCCCGCAAACGCUUGAAUCGAAAGAGGUACAAUUCGAUGCGGACCAGGAAACGGCCAGUUUUCUCUUCGCAACUGAAAUCCCGGCCGGGUCGGCUGCGCUGGCGGUUGAGUUCACCGGCGAGCUGAAUGACAAGAUGAAGGGCUUCUAUCGCAGCAAAUACUUUACGGCUAGCGGUGAAGAGCGAUACGCGGGUGUAACGCAGUUUGAGGCCACCGAUGCUCGCCGUUGCUUCCCAUGCUGGGAUGAGCCGGCCAUUAAGGCCACCUUCGACAUCACGCUCACCGUGCCACAGGAUCGUGUGGCUCUAUCGAAUAUGCCACUCAAGUCAGAAACGAGCUCGGACGACGGUAGCCUACGGGUGCUGCGCUUCGAUCGUACACCGAUCAUGUCUACCUAUCUUGUGGCGGUCGUGGUUGGUGAGUACGACUACGUCGAGGACACGUCGGCCGAUGGUGUGCUGGUGCGUGUGUACACCCCGGUUGGCAAGAAGGAGCAGGGCCGCUUCGCGCUUGAUGUCGCCACGAAGGUGCUACCGUACUACAAGGAUUACUUCAACAUCGCGUAUCCGCUGCCGAAAAUGGAUCUGAUCGCCAUUUCGGAUUUUUCGGCCGGUGCUAUGGAAAACUGGGGCCUGAUCACGUACCGAGAAACGUUCGUGCUGGUCGACCCAGAGAACACGUCGCUCAUACGGAAACAAUCGAUCGCUCUGACGGUCGGGCACGAGAUUGCCCAUCAAUGGUUCGGCAAUCUCGUCACGAUGGAAUGGUGGACGCACUUGUGGCUGAACGAGGGAUAUGCUUCGUUUGUGGAGUUUCUGUGCGUUGAUCAUCUGUUCCCGGGGUACGACAUCUGGACGCAAUUUGUCACCGAUAUGUAUACGCGGGCGCUCGAGCUCGACUGUUUACGCAACUCGCAUCCGAUCGAGGUACCGGUCGGUCAUCCGUCGGAGAUCGAUGAAAUUUUCGACGAAAUCAGCUACAACAAGGGUGCGAGCGUGAUUCGCAUGCUACAUCAUUACAUCGGUGAUGAGGACUUCAAGCGCGGCAUGCACAUCUACCUAACGCGCCACCAGUACCGAAACACCAGCACCGAGGAUCUGUGGAAUGCGCUGCAGGAAGCGAGCAGCAAACCAGUCGGGGCGGUUAUGUCCACGUGGAUCAAGCAGAUGGGAUUCCCGGUGGUGCGUGUUCUUUCGUCAAGCCCUCUCGACGGCAACCGACGUUUGCUGAAGAUUGCCCAGGAGAAGUUCUGCGCCGAUGGCUGCCAGCCGAAGGAACCAUUCCGUUGGAUGAUUCCAAUCAACGUGUCCACGCCAAAAUCGAGCAACGCGGUAUCCACUGUCUUAGAGAGUGAUACGGCGGACAUCACAGUAGAGGGCGUCGGGCCGGACGAUUGGGUCAAGAUUAACCCGGGAACAGUCGGCUACUAUCGUACGCAGUACCCGGCCGACAUGUUGGAGCAGUUCAUUCCGGCUAUCAAGGAUGGUUCGCUUCCGCCGCUCGAUCGUCUCGGGCUGAUCGAUGAUCUGUUCGCCUUGGUACAGGCUGGCAAAAGCUCAACCGUUGAUGCUCUUAAAGUGAUCGAUGCAUAUCGAAAUGAGGGUAACUAUACGGUUUGGUCUUCGAUUACCAACUGCUUAGCAAAGUUGCAGCUUCUACUGGCUCACACGCCGAUUGAGGAUCAAUUUAACGCGUACGGUGUGCGGCUCUAUCAGCCCGUGGCCGAAAGUCUAGGAUGGGAUGUGAAGUCUGGUGAAAGCCAUCUCGAUACAUUGCUGCGAUCACUCGUACUUAGCCGUUUGGUGUCAUUCCGUUGUCCCAAGACGGUUGCAGAGGCGAAACGAAGAUUUAAAGAGCAUGCCGAGAACAAGAGCGUACUACCAGCCGACCUGCGCAGCACGUGUUAUAAGGCGGUUCUGCAGAACGGUGAUCUUGAAACAUACAACGAGAUGCUGCGCCUGUACCGGGCCACCGAUUUGCACGAGGAGAAGGAUCGCAUUUCGCGCGCCCUCGGGUCGAUCGGUAACGUUGACAUCCUGCGCAAGGUGAUCGAGUUUGCGAUGUCGGAUGAGGUUCGAGCCCAAGAUUCGGUGUUCGUUAUCGUCUCAGUGGCAAUGAAUCCCCGUGGCCGCGACAUGACUUGGGAUUACUUCCGGGAGCGCUGGCAGGUACUGCUGAACCAAUACGAGGGUGGCUUCCUGCUCGCUCGGCUGAUCAAGUAUCUGACGGAGAACUUUUCGACGGAGGAACGGGCACUUGAGGUCGAGCAGUUCUUCCGGGAGCACGAGUUCCCCGGUACCGAGCGCACCGUUUCACAGUCGAUUGAGACGAUUCGCCUAAACGCCGACUGGUUGAAGCGCGAUCUGGACGCUAUCACGGAAUACCUAAAGCAACAACAGCAACAGUAGUGAGUUCAAGGCACACCCUCGAUAGGGGUCAAUCAACCAAUGCCAUCACUGGAUCAGCAACACUCCCUUCCUCAACUUCCGUUAUCAUUCAUCAUCAUAAUCGACAUCAUUCGUGUGCCAUCAUCCAGAAAAGGAGGAGGGAUAUUCGGUUGCUGCGAAAUGCUGAGCCACUAAUGACUGGAGACCAACUAGGCCUUGCACACAAACCGCGCGAAUCGGACAGAGAAGGGUCAACAACACAACCGUUAAUCUCUUGUGUAUCCCGAGAGAAUGUGUGUGCGUGUAUCGGAAAAAUCUGUUAUGUUUUUUUGCUUUUUUGUUAAGUAACUAUUUUUCAUGCGUGAGCGUUUCGUCGAUCGAGCUAGC